CAGUUUUGCUUUCCGUCCUCGAGUCAGACUUCCUUGCUGGAAGAUAAAUAGUGCGGACAUGGUCUCUGUACACCAGCACCAGAGAGUGAAUCCUGAGAUCAGCAGAACCUGAUCUUCGUUUUCAGUUUCAAAGCAUCGAAGAAACAAUCAUAUUCCUGAGCCUGGUUCUUCACCACAGACUGCUGUGGGAAAAGGGAGGGAAUGCAUAUGGCAGUACAGCAGUGAGGGAGACAUUCUAGUGACUCAGUAGCUGCGAGUUUGAGUCCCGGUGGGGGAUGGAGGAGAUCAGCCUGUACGGGUACCAGGAGGAGGUAAUACAGCCAGCCCUGGAGGGCAGGAACAUCAUUAUUUGGCUGCCAACAGGAGGAGGAAAGACUCGAGCUGCUGUCUACGUGGCGAAGAGACACCUGGAGUCCAGGCCAGGGGCGAAGGUGGCUGUCCUAGUGAACAAGGUUCACCUGGUGGACCAGCACUUCAACAAGGAGUUCCAGCCAUUCCUCGGGGGGCGAUACAGGGUAGCACCCAUUAGCGGGGACUGUGACCAGAAGGACUUCUUUGGCCGAGUGGUGCAGGACAGCGAUGUGAUCAUCUGCACAGCCCAGAUCCUGGAGAACAGCCUGAGGAGCACUGAGGAGGACAAACACGUGGAGCUGACCGACUUCACCUUGCUGAUCAUCGAUGAGUGCCACCACACCCACAAGGACAAUGUCUACAACAAGAUCAUGCAGCGCUACGUGCAGGCCAAGCCGAAAAGUGGCUUACCCCAGGUCCUGGGACUGACUGCAUCUCCUGGGACAGGGGGAGCCAAAACCUUUCAGGGGGCAAAGGAGCACGUCCUGCAGAUCUGUGCCAACCUGGACGCCUCGGCCAUCGUGUCUCCCCAGGAGAACUCUGAGGAGCUGCAGAGGAAGGUCCCCAAGCCAGUGAAGAAGUAUGACAUCGUCAACCAGAGACCGAAGGACCCCUUUGGGGACCACCUGAAGUCGAUGAUGAGUAAGAUACAUGAGUUCAGCGCAGUGGAAAAUCUCAGGAGUGAUUUUGGCUCACAGGAGUAUGAGGCUGAUGUGGUUCAGCUUGAGAAACAAGCUGCGGUGGAGGGGAACAGGAAGCUGGCUCAGUGCGCUCUCCACCUGCGUCAGUACAACGACGCGCUGCUCAUCAACGACACGGUGCGCAUGGCUGACGCAUUCCGGCUGCUCAGGGACUUCUACAGCAGAGAGGCAGAGAAGCGCGUCGGGCUGGAUGACACCGACCACUUCCUGUUCGAUCUGUUCCAGGUGAACGAAGCUGAACUGCAGGCGCUGGCGGCUCUAACGCAGUUUGAGAAUCCCAAGCUGGGGCAGCUGCAGAAGACCCUGCUGGAGCAGUUUGUGGGGCAGAAUAAGUCCCGUGGGAUUCUCUUCUCCAAGACCCGCGUCAGCACCCACUGCCUGUUUGACUGGGUCUCCGACAACCGCCCCAUGCAGGAUGCCGGCAUUAAGCCUGCCAUAUUGACCGGAGCCAGCAACCAGGCCAGUCACAUGACACAGAAAGAUCAGAAGCAGACCAUUCGACAGUUCCGUGAGGGUGCCUUGAAUCUCCUCAUCUCCACCAGUGUGGCUGAGGAGGGCCUGGACAUCCCAGAGUGCAACCUGGUGGUGCGUUACGGGCUGCUGACCAAUGAGAUCGCCAUGCAGCAGGCCAGCGGGCGCGCCCGGGCAGAGGACAGCGUGUACUCCGUGGUGGCGCGGGCAGGUGGUCAGGAGGUGCGGAGGGAGCGCACUAAUGAGUACCUGGAGGAGCUGAGCAGGAGGGCCAUCGCAGAGAUCCAGAGUAUGGAGCAGCUCGCCUUCCAGCAACAGGUUGCGGAACUGCAGAGGCAAAGUGUGAUUUCUCUGCGGCUGGCGGAGCUUCAGCUGACGGAAAGGCAAAACCGCUGCCUAGCAUCUGAUGUCCGACUCCAUUGCCGGCUCUGCAACACCCCAGUUGCCCUGGGCAAUGACAUGCAACUGAUUAAUGGCUCACAAUAUGUCAACAUCAACCCUAACUUUGAGGUUUACUACAAAGCAGGAGCGAAGGUGGAGCUUGACAGGACGUUUGAAGACUGGGAGCCCGGGCGUGAGAUCAGCUGUGCCAACUGUGGCAAGGAAUGGGGGAUGGAGAUGAUCUACAAGGAGGUGACUCUGCCCAACCUGGGUAUUAAAAACUUUGUCCUGGACAGCCUGGGCCACAGACAGUCUGUCAAGAAAUGGAAGGAUGUCCCAUUUUGCGUUGAGGACUUCAAAUACACAGACUAUGUCCUUAAAAAGUUCCCUGAUCUGCUCUGAGGACACACGUGCCCUUUUCUCCCAUAGAUACAGGGCUGUUAACACUCCCACUUCUUCACUGGACCAGCCCCUGAGAGACCAAUCAAACACAGUAUGUGAUUACCCCCACUUUCACUCCUAUCUCAUUCUCCUAAUGCAGUGGUGUCAAACUCGUGCCAUGGAGGGCCGUGUGUAUGCAGCCUCAGAUCUUGAUUAUAUAAUUAGUUAAAUUAUUUGCUGAAUUAGGGAUGCAGGUUUGUGCACAAUGGUGACCCGACGUCUAUGGUGACCCGCAUUGUCUAGAUAAAAUUUUUCUUAUAUUCUGUGCUUCAAUGCAGUUAAACGCAUAUGGCUGAAUGAGUAAUUGGACUCAAUUAAGGCAGCAUUAAUUGGUUGGAAUGAAAACCUGCAUACACACGGCCCUCCAUGGCACGAGUUUGACACCACUGUCCUAAUGGUACCUAUUAUUUGGGAGGUAUUUUUUAUUUUGUAUCUUGUUACAAAAUACAAAAUACCUCCCAAAUAAAUGCAUCUAAGUUUCUGUCAGAAUUGUAGAGACGUUGAAGGCGGUAGUGGUAUAAACUGUCACAGUUCCUGUUUCUGACCAGCAGAGGCCGCCAGUUCCCCAGCCCUUGUGUGUCUCAUUUUUGUAUGUUUUGUCUUCCCUGAUUGUCAUUGUAUUGUCAUUUGCAUCUCCUUCCCUUUGUAUAUAAGUCCCUUGUUCUCCCCAUGUCUGCUUAGUCUUAGGGUGCGCUCCAAUACUCAAAAAAUCUAUCCACCGUUCCUCAACUACCACCUCAUCUCCUCUGUGCCCCGGAAACCGAUAUUUGUGUCCUCCCUUCUCUAGUAUCCCAAUAUUGGAGGAGAUGAGCGAAUCUUCUUCAAACUUGGCUGCUUAGGCUCAUUCCAACUGCUUAUUUUAUCUGUCCUUGUCACCUUUGUCCUUGAAUGACCGAGAGGUCCAGCAUCUUUAAGAUCACCAUCCUUAAGGUCAUUCCAACCUGUUAAAUGCUCCUUGAAGAAGGUGAGGAGCUAGGAGGCUCCGAAGAAUGUUUAAUCAAGGAAACAUGUGGAAGUAUUUUUCAGAAUACAUGACAUAUAAAUGAUCGAACUCUCCCCAUCUGCCAUCUCUGUAAUUGACGUGGCUUCAAACUGAUGUUUGAAAGAGCAAGAACGUUCCAUUUGCCCGAUAUGUUUCCUCGAUUUCUCCAUCCUCACGUCCUUUCCUCACAACCUUUCCUUGCAUUUUUUCCUUGCAUCUUCCAUAGGGUGGAGCUAAGGAGUUAGGAAAGGAUGCAAGGAAAGGAUGCAAGGAAGUAAAAUUAAGCAAUUAGACAGAGACCCUUGUCUCCUCCCAGCGAAGGAUACAUCAAUGUAUCGUCCCGCGGAAGUCGUUUCAGGUUUCUUGGUGACAUCAUUGUGCUCAUGCCCACAGAGAUUGAAAGCCUAUUCCACAGAAUCUGGCACUAUCCAAAUUUUAGAAAGUGGAGAAAUGGCUGAGUAUUUUCCAACACACAAAAAAGUGCCUGUCCAGUACAAGUAGUAUUAUAGUCCACUUUUCCAAAUAGGCCCAAGUGAAAAAAAAAGCAUUAAUCAAAAUGACAUUGUGAAAUGACAAUUCUAUAAGGUGAAUUUUGAGGGUUCUUGGACUUUCACCCAAAUACCACUGUUGAAGACUGGUGAAGCCACAAAUGACACAGGAUAUAAAUGGCAUGGAAGUGUCAAAAGGACAGCAGAUUACACCAGGCUAUGAAAAAUACCUAGAGAAAGUAUCUAGAGAAAUGAUAGGUAGAAUCAUAAGAUCACAUUCCAUCAGAAAAGGCAAAUUAUUACGAUCAGUUUCUCUAUUCCUGGAGGAGUAGGAGGGGGUCUCUUGAGGGUAUUACACGCCUAGUCCUGUCCAGGCCUUAUUUGGGCAAACAAAGAGGGUGGUGUGGAAGGCUUGCUCAGGACAGUCUGCUUAACAGUUUUCCUGGUACCAUAGUUAUAGCCAUAUGGAGUCAUUUAGUUAUGUACUUUGUUGGUAAACAUGUUUAUGUUUAUUUGCCUUAGCCAGCAUGUAAUCCUGAGUUCAGCUAUAGGUAUUGAAUGUGUCCAUAUGUUCAAAUAUGAACAUUAGGGAACAAUAACUUGGAUAAUAUGAAGCAACAAAUACAUUUCACUAAUCUACAGAAAUGUUUCUGUAUUAGCCUAUGUUAGAUACAAUGAACUUGCUCUGUUUGUUCAGAUAUCCAGCACAUUGGGACUCAUGAAAUAACAGUAAAUUGUAAUGUUUUGUAUACUAUGACAUGUUUACUUUGAUCUAAUGUUGCUGAUUACAUAUUAAUUAGUAUUAAUCUCGACAUGAACUGCAAGGUCAGGUUUUUGUGUUCUACAUACAACUACUUUCACUUGAACCUCAGAAGCUAUUUUGUAGACUUAAAUGGCCAUGUGUAAGAUCUGUGAUUGGCUAUGGGAAUAUCUGUGGGCUCAACAUAAGUCAGUUAUGACUGAUACUUCAUCAAUAGUUGAUAUCUACUUUAAUGAUGGAGAAGCAUAUAAACCAGUGGUGUCAAACUCGUGCCAUGGAGGGCCGUGUGUAUGCAGGUUUUCAUUCCAACCAAUUAAUGCUGCCUUAAUUGAGUCCAAUUAUUCAUUAAGCCAUAUGCAUUUAACUGCAUUGAAGCACAGAAUAUAAGAACAUUUUUAUUUAGACAAUGUGAGUCACCAUAGACGUCGGGUCACCAUUGUGCACAAACCUGCAUCCCUAAUUCAGCAAAUAAUUUAACUAAUUAUAUAAUCAAGAUCUGAGGCUGGAAUGAAAACCUGCAUACACACGGACCUCCAUGGCGCGAGUUUGACACCACUGAUAUAAACUGUCUCCUCCCCACCUUUCCUCCACAUACAUCCGGGCAGGAGACGAGUGGUAGUGGGGGGGGGGGGAGUGGGGGGGGGCGGAAGAAAGGAGGUGAGGAGUGAAAUCUGAUGGGGCGCAUCUUUUGUGUGGGAAAUCCAGGUUCAGAAAUGAAAGGUCCUCUACAGUAUUUUGUUCCAAAUAUUUGGUUUGCAAAUUAGCAUAAUUCUUCUGCCAGGCAGUAAAAUUAAUUAGUGAAAUCAGCUGGGUUCACGGGUGGAAGAAAGACACGGCAAGACCUUUUUACUGAGAAUCUAAAUAGUUUCUAAAUACUUAAAAUCCUGAACCUGCUCUAGUUCAAGGCCUUUGAUGGUUACCAUAGGACUGAGGAGAGAAGGACGGAUAAAAUAUGUGAUUGGAAUGAGCCCCUGUUGAAACUCCCAGAAACAGGAGCUGAAGAUGGCCGCAGUACAGGCCUGGCAGAGCUUCACCAGGGAAGAUACCCAGCCUGUAAUUUAAAGGGUGAGCCUGGCAGAGCAUCACCAGGGAAGAUACCCAGCCUGUAAUUUAAAGGGUGAGCCUGGCAGAGCAUCACCAAGGAUGAUACCCAGCCUGUAAUUUAAAGGGUGAGCCUGGCAGAGCAUCACCAAGGAUGAUACCCAGCCUGUAAUUUAAAGGGUGAGCCUGGCAGAGCAUCACCAAGGAUGAUACCCAGCCUGUAAUUUAAAGGGUGAGCCUGGCAGUGCAGGCCUGGCAGAGCUUCUCUAGGGAAGAUGCCCAGAGUCUGGCAAUGUCUAUGGGUUGCAGACUUCAGGCAGUCAUCAAACGCAAAGGAUUUGCCACCAAGUGCUAAAUAUGAUGACUUUAUUUAAGGUUGUGUUAAUUUGUCCAAUUUCUUUUGGUCCAGUUCUUUUGGGAACUAUGUAUAAAAAAGGGCUGUGUUUUCCACAUGAAUCACACAAUAUGGGUGUAAAUAACUUCAAAUUAAAGCUGAAAGUCUGCUAUUCUGCUAUUCUCAAUGA